AUGCCUUUGGCAGUAGUCCACUCCACUCCAGAAGGCAGAGGGGCGGAACGGGAGAAGCGGACCGAGUGGGCGGCGCCCCAGCGGCCGGGGCUGCGCCCGGUGGGCUCGGGCGCCGGCGGCUCCGCCUGGAAGGCUUACCCAGCUGUACCAAAAGGUGGCCUGGCCGUGAAGAAGCUGUCCCGCCCAUUCCAGCCGCUCUUCCGUGUGUGGAGAACAUACGGAGAGCUGCGGCUGCUCAGACACCUGAAGCGUGAGAAUGUCAUUGGGCUUCUGGUUGUCUUCACACUGGCCACACCCAUUGAGGACUCCCACCAAGUGCACCGGGUGACUGCUUUGAUGGGUGCCAGCCUGCACAACAUUGUCAAGUGCCAGGCGCUGAGUGACAAGCAUGUUCAAGCCUGGACUCACCAAGUCUUCCCUUCCCUGCAGUACAUCCACCCUGCGGGGCUCAUCCGCCGGGACUUGAAGCCCAGCAACGUGGCAGUGAUCGAGGGCUUCGAGCUCAGGAUCCUGGACUUUGGGCUGGCGCGCCAGGCUGAUGAGGAGAUAACAGGAUAUGUGGCAACACACCGGUACCGGGCACCUGAGAUCACGCUCCACCGCAUGCACUACAACCAGACAGUGGAUAUCUGGUCUGUGGGCUGCAUCAUGGCUGAGCUUCUUCAAAGAAAAGCCCUCUUCCCUGGGAAUGACUCCAGGUAGACGUUGAAGCACAUCAUGGAAGUGGUGGGCACACCCAGCCCUGAGGUUCUGGCAAAGAUAUCCUCAGAGCCUGCCUGGACGUACAUCCAGUCUCACCCCCAGCCCCAGAAGGACCUCAGCAGCACCUUCUAUGGAUCCAAUCCCCUGGCCGUGAACCUCCUGGGGAGGAUGCUGGUGCAGGACAGCGACCAGAGAGUCGGUGCCGUGGAGGCCCUGGCCCGUGCGACGUACUUCAGCCAGUACCACAACCCGGAUGACGAGCCAGAGGCUGAGCCUGACGAUGACAGCAUUGAGGCCAAGGAGCACACACUCGUGGAGGAGUGGAAGGAGCUCACUUACGAGGAAGCCCUCAGCUUCAAGCCCCUCGAGCCACUGCGACCACCUGGGACCUGGGAGAUUGAGCAAUGA